CAUAUGACUGUAGCUCUCUCUCUUAGAAAGCAAGAAAGGGAAACAGAAGUAGAUUUGGGACCAAUGGGCUAAAAAGCCCAUAUUAGGCCCAACGAACAUCAAACGCUCUCACUUCGAGUCUCUUGCUCGUAUCGAAUUCACUCAAUCGCCAAUUCCCAAAUUCCGCCAUCGCUAGGGUUUUAGCCAGCCGGACUGAACAUCGAGGGAUUCUUCCCCGCAAGAAAUGUCGUCGAAAGCCUUGGCCCAGAAUGGAGCUUCGCUGAUCAGCCGACUGUUCCGGUCAAAUCCGAUUCUCCACCAGCAAAUUCCUAUCUUGCCGAAUCACCAUCAACUUCUUCAAGCUGCGCCUCACGCCCUGCGAAUCACACCGCAGCUAUUCCCUUCUCUGCACAAAUUUCCGGCUCCUGAACAUUCGCCCCAGAUCGACGACUUCAAUUCGAUCCGGAGACUAGCAAAUGAAGGGUUCCUGAAUCCUUGCGGCCUUCCCUCGCUUGAGUUCUUUUUGCCCGAAGGCGAUUCGUCUGAUGAAAUGCUGUUGUUUCCGAAAAGGACAUUCCAACCUAGCACCCUCAGGCGUAAAAGAAACCAUGGAUUCUUUGCACGCAAGGCAACCAAAGGUGGUAGGAAAGUCAUUGCGCGAAGAGUAGCGAAAGGGCGAUUCAGAAUUACUGCCUGAUUGAUCGAUGGAACUUGUGCAAUAAGGAUAGAGGGGUUAGAGUUCGUCUGUAGCACAAAGGACCGGCGGCAAAAGGAGGUCAUUGUUCCCCUUGGCAUAUCCCCUGUUUAUGGGAUGAAUUUCAUUGAGUUUUUAGAAAAGCUAGAAUCAAUUUUCUUUUUCUCACGACUAGGCUGCUGUAUAAAUAUUACUGGUGUGCUUGAAUUGGGCGAAGAAGGUUUCAUAAUUUCUUCUGUGUCGCUCUCUAUUUGCUGUUUGCAUUUGCAAUG